UGGUCGUCAUCGUCGUCAUCUUCGUCGCCGUCGUCGUCGUCGUCGUCGCCGCUGCCGUUAUCGUCGUCGUUGUUGAUGUCGAUGUUGCGCUAAAAAUAUGCGAUAGCGAGAAACAGAAGAGGCGGAUCAUCGCCUGCCGUAGAGCGAAGCAGCUAGUCCUCGGCUGCGUGUGCCAAGUCCGAAGUUAUCGGACAAGGAAGAAGAUAGGAUCGACGACGAAGUGAUCACCGUGUUCGGUCAACAGACCAUCAACGAAAGGAUUACCAAGAAAAAUGGCGGACCUCGAGGCAGUGCUGGCCGAUGUCAGCUACUUGAUGGCCAUGGAGAAGAGCAAAUGCACGCCAGCCGCUCGUGCCAGCAAGAAGAUCGUUCUACCGGAUCCUAGCGUUAGAAGCGUUAUGCACAGAUAUCUCGAAAAGAAUAAUGAAGUAAACUUUGACAAAAUAUUCAAUCAAAUGUUAGGUUACCUUUUAUUCAAAGACUUCUGCGAAACUGUAGCGGAGGAACCAAUUCCGCAACUUAGGUUUUACGAAGAGAUCAAAGCGUACGAAAAGCUCGAAUGUCCGGAAGACAGGAGAAAACUUGCCAGAGAGAUCUACGACAAUUAUAUUAUGAAAGAAUUGUUGGCGCAUUCUCACGAAUAUUCGCAAGAAGCGGUAUCUCAUGUACACAAAUAUCUGAUGAAAAAUGAGGUUCCGGUUAAUUUAUUUGAGCCAUACAUCGAGGAAAUUUUUAAUCAUCUGCGAGGGGAACCGUUUCAGAAAUUUUUAGAAAGCGAUAAAUACACUCGAUUUUGCCAAUGGAAAAAUUUAGAACUAAAUAUCCAGUUGACAAUGAACGACUUUAGUGUGCACCGAAUCAUAGGCAGAGGUGGAUUCGGCGAGGUAUACGGUUGCCGGAAAGCGGACACAGGCAAGAUGUACGCUAUGAAAUGUUUGGAUAAAAAGCGCAUCAAGAUGAAACAGGGUGAAACGUUAGCUCUUAACGAAAGGAUAAUGCUCUCUUUGGUCAGUACCGGGGUGGACUGUCCGUUUAUAGUGUGCAUGACGUACGCGUUUCACACCGCCGACAAGCUAUGUUUCAUAUUAGAUUUAAUGAACGGUGGCGAUUUGCAUUAUCAUCUGAGCCAACACGGGGUUUUCAAUGAGCCGGAAAUGAAGUUCUACGCCGCCGAAGUGAUCCUCGGUUUAGAGCAUAUGCAUCGCAGAUACAUCGUCUACCGUGAUCUCAAACCCGCGAAUAUACUAUUGGACGAACAUGGUCACGUCAGAAUAUCGGAUCUGGGAUUGGCAUGUGACUUUUCGAAAAAGAAGCCUCAUGCAAGCGUCGGGACGCACGGAUACAUGGCACCAGAGGUACUUUCAAAAGGCACCGCGUACGAUUCGAGCGCAGACUGGUUUUCUUUCGGUUGUAUGUUAUACAAGCUCUUAAAAGGGCACAGUCCAUUUAGACAACACAAAACCAGGGAUAAGCACGAGAUAGAUCGUAUGACGUUGACUAUGAACGUUGAAUUGCCGGAAACAUUUUCGCAAGAGUUACGGUCACUAUUGGAAGGUUUGCUACAACGAGAUAUCAGCAACAGACUUGGUUGCCGUGGCAAUGGCGCGGACGAAUUAAAGGCGCACCCAUUCUUCAGUGGUAUCGAUUGGCAGCAGGUGUACUUACAAAAGUACACGCCGCCUUUAAUACCGCCACGAGGCGAGGUUAACGCCGCCGAUGCCUUUGACAUCGGCUCUUUCGACGAAGAGGACACGAAAGGAAUCAAACUGACGGAAGCGGAUCAAGAUCUAUAUAAGAACUUUCCUCUAGUCAUCUCCGAAAGAUGGCAGGCUGAAGUGGCCGAGACUGUGUUCGAAACAAUCAAUAACGAAGCAGACAAAUUGGAAAAUAAGAAAAAAGCGAAACAAAAGCAGCGGUUUGAUACGGAUGAAAAGGGUUCGGAUUGUAUAUUACACGGUUAUAUAAAAAAAUUAGGAGGUCCGUUUGCGAGCGCAUGGCAAACGCGUUAUGCGAAACUAUAUCCGAAUCGGUUAGAGCUACAUCCGGAAUCCGCGACGAAGCCCGAACUCGUGUUUCUCGACCAAGUCGAGGAAGUCGGAGCGGAUUUGCAGCUCGUAAAAGGAGAACAAUGUAUCGUAAUGCGUACGAGAGACGCAAAAAUAGUACUUACAAAUGCUGAUGAAAUAAGUUUAAAAGAAUGGGCGCUUUCAUUACGAUCUGCUCACAAAUGUUCUACGGAGAUGCUCGGUAAUAUGGCGAGAAAGGCGGGCAAAAUUUACGGGACUGAGCGGGACGCUCUGAUUCCGGCGACACAGCGAUCCACAAAUGGCAACUAGUCCAUUGCCGUCAUGCGCAAUGUCGCACCUUCAUACUCCAGUCCCACUGCCCAGCAGCAGCGACAACUUUUUUUAUACUAAACGGAUGACAGAGAGAAAGAGAGAGAGAAAAAAAAGCAUAGAUGAAGAAAUAAAUUUUUAGAGGCAAUCAUAACACGGCCGGCACUGUUUUUCUAAAACAAAAUACUGUGAGAGCAGUGUUAUGAGUUUCUUUUCAUCCAAAAGCUUGCUGUUUGACUUUUUGUUGUGUCGUUAAAAAAAAAAAAAAAAAAAAA